AUGGAAAUCGCCUUGCCAUAUAUCGAGUAUGACCAGACACAUUUCAACAACGGGUCUGAUUAUCUUGAGCAGCUUUUGGAAUCAGUGAAUCAACUGGAGGCUGGGUUAGAUACGAAAGCUCUUUCUCAUCUGUGUUUGGUGGAAUCUAAAGACACUGAGUCUCAUUCAGAUGAAAGGUCAAAGCGCCUAUUUAACACAGGCCUUUCGCUGGGGAUGACAUGGACACGUUUUCUUGAGAACUGGAAUUUUGCCCUUCGUGCUGACGAGAUUUGCACUGAAGAGAAUACCGUUAUGGUGGAAGUCGCGUCAGGAAAAGGAUAUCUAUCGCGGAUAUUGUGCAACCACUUCAAAAGGCGUGUUAUAUGUAUUGAUCGCAACUGGAUAAAGAACAAAUCAAGCUUGCAUGUGCAUCGUUUAGUCAACGGUGACGAGCUCCGAUUGGCUUCAAGGGCAUCUGCUUCGGGGAAAACCACGGCCUCUGGCCACGAACGACUCCACACGGUUCAGUCAGACCUUCAGACUCCCGACGAUUUGAUUGGGAUACUCCGUGAGAGCCAAAAAUUGAUUGGCAUGGACUCUAGGGUCGGAUGGAAGAAUGGAGUUUUGACGCCAGUCAAUGUUCCCAGUGUGUGCCUUGUUGGAUUAAACCUCUGUGGCGAUCUUGCCAUAACUGCCGUAAAAUCGUGGCUUGCCGCAUGGUCUGAUCCUGGGUCUCUGGGCUUCCCGUUGGAGCUGGGGCCUGUUUUGGUCAGUCCUUGUUGCUACCAUGAAAGAUCGGAAUUCCCUCUAUCAAAGAGGUUCAGGCAAAGACUUGGCAGUGAUCAGUCCCUGAUUUUGAAAACUACGCCAGAAUCUGGCAUUUACGGGUUUGUGAGAUCCGUUGCGUUAGUUGAUCUGGCUCUUUACAUGUGCGAACUAGGGUUUGAUGAUGUGAAAGUGAAGACAAACGGGAUUAGUGCAGGAUUUGGGGCACGUACUCCCAAAUGA